CGAUUCCCAUUUCUUUGGGCGGUCGGGGGGAGUCAGGACACGCAGCGAACGCUCCUCUGCGGCGGGAGGCGGGGUAACUUAUGCAACAAUCGUUUGUCGAACGACUAAGUUGUGCAAAGGCAAGAAGCGCCGGCUCCGAUCGCCCCGCACCUCCACUCCCACCAGGGCGCUUCGCGCCUGCGCGCGUCCGUGGCCACGCCUAUCCACUCGGUCCUGCGGGGAAGGGCCCGACGCAGCCGGCGCCGGUCAGCCCGGUCCCUGGCGGGGACAACAGUGACCCCCGAGCGCCGGGAGCUCACAGGCAGUUCCUGUCUAAGGGGUCCUCUCGGUGCCCCAGCCCGACCUCAGCCGGAAGUCGUCGGCCCGAGGCGGAAGGGGCGUCGCCGGAAGCCCCUUUGCGGGACGGUGCCACGUCGCGGGAGGUUGUGGUGGACCCGGGGCCGGGGGACCGGGCCAGCACGAUGGCCGACUGGGCUCGGGCUCAGAGCUCCGGUGCCGUGGAGGAGAUUCUAGACCGGGAGAACCUGCGCAUGGCCGACAGCCUGUCCUCCAAGGUCACCAGGCUCAAAGCGCUGGCCCUGGACAUCGACAGGGAUGCGGAGGACCAGAACCGGUACCUGGACGGCAUGGACUCGGACUUCUCAAGCGUGACAGGUCUGCUCACAGGGAGCGUGAAGCGCUUUUCCACGAUGGCACGGUCUGGGCGAGACAACCGAAAGCUUCUGUGUGCUGUGGCCAUGGGCCUGAUCGUGGCCUUCUUCAUCCUCUCCUACCUCCUGUCGAGGGCAAGGACGUGAGCUGGGGCAGCUGGCUUCUGUGGGUGCCCGGGGCAGCCAGAGCCUUCCCCCGCCUGGUGUCCAGGGCUCUGGCGGGUCUCCCACAGAGUACUCCUUUGAAAUGGU